AUGUAUCCACCGCAACCGCCGCUUGCGCGCGUCCGCACGCCCGGUUAUGCAGGCUACUCGAUCGCAUGGUCGCCCUUCUUUGCUCACCGGCUGGCUGUUGCCUCGUCGGCCAACUACGGCUUGGUAGGUAACGGUCGCUUGCACAUUCUCUCCCUCUCUCCGCCCGCUUCGUCAGGUCCUGCGUCGCUCACCAUCGAAAAGGUAUUCGACACUCAAGACGGUCUUUACGAUCUCGCCUUCUCCGAGGCUCAUGAAAAUCAGCUGGUCACCGCCUCGGGUGACGGAUCGAUCAAGCUCUGGGAUUGUGCAUUGCAGGAGCAUCCCAUCCGGAAUUGGUCCGAGCACACCCGAGAGGUGUUCUGCGUCGACUGGAACAACAUCAACAAGGAGCUCUUUGCAAGUUCCAGUUGGGAUGCAAGCGUUAGAAUUUGGCAUCCAGAACGACCGACGAGCUUGACAGCAAUUACGGCGCAUACCGGCUGCGUAUAUGCCUGUGCGUUUUCGCCACAUAAUCCAGAUCUGUUGGCUACAGCGUGCGCGGAUGGUCAUCUGAGGCUGUUCGAUUUGCGCCAAUCAACCGCACAGCAGCCGAGUGUAACACUACCCGUGGGCGGUGAAGUGCUCUGUCUGGAUUGGAACAAGUAUCGACCCAUGACCAUCGCCACCGGCAGCACAGAUCGAGUCAUCAAGACGUGGGAUCUCCGAAGUGCAACCAACAACACGCACGUCGGUGCACCCGUGACACCGUUGCAGAUGGGAACACCGACAGCAGCAAUUCUAGGCCACGAGUACGCGAUCCGUAAAGUAGCCUACUCUCCACAUUCACCUCAGAUGCUAGCGAGCGCGAGCUACGACAUGACAGCUAGGAUAUGGGACACCGACGCUGCCGCCAUGGCUGGUUUGCACACCGCCCAGCACGCACAACCACCUCCAGCCACCGGUACCAUGAGGAAGAUUCACGAUACACAUACUGAAUUUGUCGUCGGCGUCGCCUGGAGUUUCUUUCAAGACGGUUUGGUGGCUAGCACUGCAUGGGAUUCAGAGACGCAUCUGUGGACUGCGCCGUAA